AUGAACAUCAGCAUCCCGCCCAUCAAGAAACCCUCCAACACCUGCGUGACCUGUCGCGCGCGCAAGGUACGCUGCGAUGGCACCCGCGAUGUCUGCCAGAACUGCUCACGCCUCGGCUUCACCUGCUCGUAUGACGACUCCGUCCCACACCACCACCACCUUAACAGCGCCUCCCCGGCAGGUGGUAUGAUCUCCUCUGGCACCGCUGCCAGCGACGCCCUCAACAUCCAUGUCGUCGCCGCCCAUCCUCCGCGCCGCCGCGUGCGCCAGGCCUGCCAGACUUGCCAUUCGCGCAAGGCAAAAUGCAGCGGCACCAUGCCCAAAUGCGACCGCUGCCGCACACACGGCCUCAACUGCGUCUACCGCCCGUCCAAGCGCGCCAGGACGAGUACCACCCCCGGCGCAGCGACACGCGACUCUCUUGCCGGCGACACCUCGGGCAGCAGAGAUGGCUACCUCUCCGAUCAGAGCCGCAGCCUGUCUGACAUUGCCGAGAACGGCGCGCUGGCCACCCUCCGCCAUCUCCCUCCGCCCGAAGAGACGCUCAUCCUGAAGACGUUUGAAAACUUUUUCCGCCACAUCCACCACAUCCCCCUCUUCUCCUUCCUGCACCAGGCCUCCCUGAUGCAGCGUUACCACUCUGGCUCCAUGGACCGAGCCCUCCUCCUGUCCCUGAUCGGCAUCACCUCUCUCCUGACCGACCUGGGGCAUGGCGCCCGCGAGUAUGGCAACAGGUGUGUAUCCGUGGCGGAGAGACUGAUCCUGCGAGAUCUGGACCGGCCCACGGUGCUGAAGAUCCAGGCUUUGGUCCUCAUCAUCAAGCACCGCAUCUUUUGCCGCCGGUUCUCGGACGCCUUCAUGCUGACCGGGCUGGCGUCUCGGUUUGCGGCUGCCCUGCGGCUGAACCACGAAAUCCCCAAGCUCUGCUUCCUCGCGCAGGAGUCGCGCCGCCGCCUGAUGUGGUCCCUCUUCAUGAUCGACAUCGGCAUGGCCGCUGGCCACCCAGACUUUACGCUGUGGGCGCACCGGCCGAACAUGAUCGACCUUAAGCUGCCCUGCAACGAGCGAAAUUUCGAGUACGACCUCCCAGAAACGACCGAGGCGCUUGCCCCGCCGCCGAUGCUGCCUGAUGGAACCCUGCCGCCGCUGUCGGACAAUGUUGGGUUUUUGGCGCUGCACGUCCGCAUACAGUGGAUCAGGAGCAAGAUCUUGGCCUUUACCAAAUCCUUUGUGACGUCGAGACCCCAGGGUGCGGACCUACAGUCGCUGCCGCGCAGGUGUGAGGAGCUCCAGGCGGAUCUGGACGCCUUUGAGCAACGGCUACCAGGACCAUUCCGGUGGACCUCCCAAAACCUCAAGCUGCGAGCUUACCACCCUCGCCUGUGCGUGUUCCUGAUGACGCACAUCUGGUGGCGGCAGUGUCACUGUGAUCUGUACAGAAUCGCGCUGGUCGGGAGGAGGGAGAGCCUGUCCAAGAGGGCGAUCGCGAUGUUGGAUCCUGCCUUUGUCAGGCGGUGCAGGGAGCAGUGCUAUGAGCACGCCAAAGCCAUGGCCGACAUGUUUGCCGAGGUGACGCUCGACAAGGGGGUUCCCGUGUCGGAUCUCGACCUGCCGGUCUGCGUCUACCAGUGUGCGAACACGCUGUAUUACACGCUUGCGGCCUAUCCUGACGAAUUUAAUCUUUCCCCGGCCGGCGUGACGGAGAUGGCCAACAACUGCCUCAAGAUCGUGAAGAAAUCCGCUCCUGGCCCGGCGGCGGCAGCAAUCGUGAGUUACUUACCCCUCCUUGUAUGCAGAGACGAGACCUGCAUAUACAUAGACACACUUGUAUAUAGCUGA